AUGAGUUCAGAUAAACAAAACAAUAAAGAAUUUGGCCAAUUAGGUGACAUUGCCAAAAAGUUGGAAUCUACACAACAACAACAAGGUGGCAACACGAAUGACAAGGAUUUGAAAGCUCAAGCUGCUGAAGCCUAUGGUAAAUUUGAAAAAUUGUCGGAUAAGGAGAAAGAAGACUUGGUCAAAGGUGGAUUGGGCAAACUUGAAGGUAAAAGUGGUGAUACUGGAAAGAAGUAA